AUGAAUGCAAUUAUUACGGACGUGGCAUAUCUUUUGACCGCAUGUGCAGUAACUUACGUUGCUCACUAUUAUUACAAAUACUUUACGCGAGAAAGUCCUCUGCCGGGGCCAUUUCCACUUCCAUUAAUCGGCAGCCUUCACAAAAUACACGGUAAUAUUGAUAAAUACUGCACGUCCUGCCAAAAAAAAUAUGGGGACAUGUUCGAAUUGUGGAUAUGUUCUCAACGUUUAAUCUUUCUCGGAAAUGCCGAAGUGAACGAAAAACUUUUUGUCGGGUCCCUGUCAAAAAGUAAUUUCACUAAACGUAGCGUUUCCGAAAAUUUCGAAGCACUUGGGUUUUCCAGAAUAGGAUUGGUCUUUAAUAACGACUCCAGUUCGUGGAAUUAUAAUAGAAAAUUGAUUGAACAGGCAUUGAUGAAACCUUCAUUCUUGAGAAAUUUGAUGGAUGAUAUUCAAUGUAUUUAUGAAGAGAUGGAAGGUUAUUGGAAAAUCAUUGAGAGUAAAGAGCCAGGUGCCGUGCAUGAUAUGGCAGAUUGGUGUAUACGGUUUACCACUGACAUCACCUUUUACAUGUCAACCAGUAAACAUGCAUAUUGCAUGGCUUCUUAUUUCAAUAAAGUGGUACCCGAUCAUAAGAUAAAUGUUCCAGGAGAUGCCGUAAAUGAGUCUGAAGAAUUCGCCUCGAGAACUCAGACGUACAUUGACUCUUUGAAUUUUUGGUACUUUUGGAGUCCAUUCACUGUCAAUUACAUACCAGGAUUCAGUUACAUGCAUAAGAAAUACAAGGACAAUAUAAAAUGGUUAUACGAUCGAAUCUACAAGUUAAUUUACGCUCGUAGAGCAGAGAUUAAGAAAAUCUCAGAGGAUGUACCUUUACGCCCAGACAUUUUAACUUUAUUCAUCACCGCAAACACAGAACGUGAAUUGGAAAAGGUCAAGGGUGUGACUAAUAGAGAAACUUUAAGACCAAUGACCGACGAUGAAAUUUGUUAUAAUAUUUUUGACAUCACGGAAGCUGGUAUCGAUACGGCCGCAAACGCCAUGUGCUUCACGAUAUAUUUCCUUUCGAAAUAUCCAGAGCACAAACAAAAGGUUCACGAGGAACUUGAUUCGGUCCUCGGCCCAAACCAUGAUCGUCGAAUAGCAUAUGAAGACCUCGAUAAAUUGCAAUAUCUUGAAGCGGUCAUUAAAGAAUCUUUAAGGCACAUUCCAAUAAUACCAUUUGCCUUCAAGAUAUCUGACAAAGAUGACUUUAUAGGUGGCAAAUUCUUUCGCGGCGGACAAGUUUUUUUCGUGAGUUUUAGUGGAAUUCAUAAUAACAAGAAAGAUUGGCCGGACACCGAGAAAUUUGACCCGACAAGAUUUUUAAAUCCUAUUGGAAAAAACACUUUCUUACCUUUCGGAGGUGGCCCGAGAAUUUGCCCUGGGCGACAUAUCGGAAUGAUGGAGAUAAAGACAUUUUUGGCCUCAGUUUAUAGAAAGUUUGAUGUAAAUUUGGCUGAUCCAAACGCUCCAGCAAAUGAAGAACUAGGAUUUGUUAAUCAUUGUAAGAAAUGUGAAGUUAGAAUUACACCAAGAAAUUGUUAA